UGGGUGUGGGGCGCCCGGGCCGGCCCGGGACGCGGGCUGGGGAGGCUACCCGGGCGGCGACGCCCCGUUGCCCAAAGUGUUUUCGUUGUUCCAGGGUGAGGAUGAUUUUACACAACAACUCGGAGUUCUUUAGUUGAAAGCUUGUGCCCUGUUGAGACAGGCAUUUUGAUUUGCUGUCUUUUUACAGCAUGGACACCAAAUUGCUAAAAACAUACUUUGGGACUGCCAGUGAAUCUGUCUUUUGCGUUUUUCCGACAAACUUACUAGUGGUUCAUUUUUUUGAGUUCAUGUUCUGAAGUUACUAUCACAAUGAGUUCAGGCUUAUGGAGCCAAGAAAAAGUUACUUCACCCUACUGGGAAGAGCGGAUUUUUUAUUUGCUUCUUCAAGAAUGCAGUGUCACAGACAAACAGACACAGAAGCUCCUUAAAGUACCAAAGGGGAGCAUAGGACAGUAUAUCCAAGACCGCUCUGUGGGGCACUCAAGGGUUCCUUCUGCAAAAGGCAAGAAAAAUCAGAUUGGAUUAAAAAUCCUAGAGCAACCUCAUGCAGUUCUCUUUGUUGACGAAAAGGAUGUUGUAGAAAUAAAUGAAAAAUUCACAGAGUUACUGUUGGCAAUUACCAACUGUGAGGAGAGGCUUAGCCUGUUUAAAAACAGAAGCCGGCUGAGUAAAGGCCUGCAGGUGGACGUGGGCUGCCCUGUGAAGGUACAGCUGAGGUCUGGGGAAGAGAAGUUCCCAGGAGUCGUGCGCUUCAGAGGACCCUUGCUAGCAGAGAGGACAGUGUCAGGCAUAUUCUUUGGAGUAGAAUUGCUGGAAGAAGGUCGUGGUCAAGGUUUCACUGAUGGGGUGUAUCAAGGGAAACAGCUUUUUCAGUGUGAUGAAGACUGUGGUGUGUUUGUUGCGUUGGACAAGCUGGAAAUCAUAGAAGAUGAUGACAAUGGAUUGGAAAGUGAUUAUGCAGGCCCAGUGGACACCAUGCAGGUUGAACUUCCCCCUUUGGAAAUAAACUCCAGAGUUUCUUUGAAGGUUGGAGAAACUAUAGAAUCUGGAACAGUUAUAUUCUGUGAUGUUUUGCCAGGAAAAGAGAGCUUAGGAUAUUUUGUUGGUGUGGACAUGGAUAACCCUAUUGGCAACUGGGAUGGAAAAUUUGAUGGAGUACAGCUUUGUAGUUUUGCAAGUGUGGAAAGUACAAUUCUUUUGCACAUCAAUGAUAUCAUCCCAGCUUUAUCAGAUAGCGUGACACAAGAAAGGAGGCCUCCCAAACUUUCCUUUAUGUCAAGAGGUGUUGGGGACAAAGGUUCAUCCAGUCAUAAUAAACCAAAGGCUACAGGAUCUACCUCAGACCCUGGAAUCAGAAACAGAUCUGAAUUAUUUUAUACCUUAAAUGGGUCUUCAGUUGACUCACAACCACAAUCCAAAUCAAAAAAUACAUGGUACAUUGAUGAAGUUGCAGAAGACCCUGCAAAGUCACUAACAGAGUUAUCGCCAGACUUUGGACAUUCUUCACCACCACUGCAGCCUCCUUCCAUGAACUCCUUAUCCAGUGAGAAUAGAUUUCACUCUCUACCAUUCAGCUUGACAAAGAUGCCUAAUACCAAUGGAAGCAUUGGUCACAGUCCACUUUCUCUGUCAGUUCAGUCUGUGAUGGGAGAGCUGAACAAUGCACCUGUCCAGGAGAGUCCGCCCUUGCCCAUGUCUUCUGGCAACUCACAUGGUCUGGAAGUGGGCUCCCUGGCUGAAGUUAAAGAGAACCCUCCUUUCUAUGGGGUCAUUCGUUGGAUUGGUCAGCCCCCAGGACUGAAUGAAGUACUAGCUGGACUGGAGCUGGAAGAUGAAUGCGCAGGCUGUACAGAUGGAACCUUUAGGGGCACUCGGUAUUUCACCUGUGCCCUGAAGAAGGCGCUGUUUGUUAAACUGAAGAGCUGCAGGCCUGACUCGAGGUUUGCGUCCCUGCAGCCUGUUUCCAAUCAGAUAGAACGCUGUAACUCUUUAGCCUUUGGAGGAUACUUAAGUGAAGUGGUAGAAGAAAAUACUCCACCAAAAAUGGAAAAAGAAGGUUUGGAGAUAAUGAUUGGAAAGAAGAAAGGUAUCCAGGGUCAUUACAAUUCUUGUUACUUAGACUCGACCUUAUUCUGCUUAUUUGCUUUUAGUUCUGUUCUGGAUACUGUGUUACUUAGACCCAAAGAAAAGAAUGAUGUAGAAUAUUAUAGUGAAACUCAAGAGCUAUUGAGGACAGAAAUCGUUAAUCCUCUGAGAAUAUAUGGAUAUGUAUGUGCCACAAAAAUUAUGAAACUAAGGAAAAUACUUGAAAAAGUUGAGGCUGCAUCAGGAUUCACCUCUGAAGAAAAAGAUCCUGAAGAAUUCUUAAAUAUUCUAUUUCAUCAUAUUUUAAGAGUAGAACCAUUAUUAAAAAUAAGAUCAGCAGGUCAAAAAGUACAAGAUUGUUACUUCUAUCAAAUUUUUAUGGAAAAAAAUGAGAAAGUUGGCGUCCCUACAAUCCAGCAAUUGUUAGAAUGGUCUUUUAUCAACAGUAACCUGAAAUUUGCAGAGGCACCAUCAUGUCUGAUUAUUCAGAUGCCUCGAUUUGGAAAAGACUUUAAACUAUUUAAAAAAAUUUUUCCUUCUCUGGAAUUAAAUAUAACAGAUUUACUUGAAGACACUCCCAGGCAGUGCAGGAUCUGUGGAGGACUUGCAAUGUACGAGUGUAGAGAGUGCUACGACGACCCCGACAUCUCAGCCGGGAACAUCAAGCAGUUCUGUAAAACCUGCAACACUCAAGUCCACCUUCAUCCCAAGAGGUUGAAUCACAAAUAUAACCCAGUGUCACUUCCCAAAGAUUUACCUGACUGGGACUGGAGACAUGGCUGCAUCCCCUGCCAGAAGAUGGAGUUAUUUGCUGUUCUCUGCAUAGAAACAAGCCACUAUGUUGCUUUUGUGAAGUAUGGGAAGGACGAUUCUGCCUGGCUCUUCUUUGACAGCAUGGCUGAUCGGGAUGGAGGUCAGAAUGGCUUCAACAUUCCUCAAGUGACGCCCUGCCCGGAGGUGGGAGAAUACUUGAAGAUGUCUCCGGAGGAUCUGCAUUCCUUGGACUCCAGAAGAAUCCAAGGCUGUGCACGCAGACUUCUUUGUGAUGCAUACAUGUGCAUGUACCAGAGUCCAACCAUGAGCUUGUACAAGUAGCUGAGUCAUCCGGAGAGGUGAAGAGACUGCGCGUACAUUCCAGGGUUGCUCCUGCUCGCUGGGGCUUCUGUUCAGCGUCCAUUGCCGGCAGUGGGCGUCUUUGUGGGGAUGGUCUUCAGAAAAGGAUUUGUGUGUUUCCAAACCAACUGCUUUUGUGUUACUGAAGUAUUUAAUAAGAAGCAUUUUGCACUCUAGAAAGUACAUUUGUGUUGGUUUUUUAAGAAGUCUAAAUGAAGUUAUUAUUACCUGAAGCUUUAAGUUAAGUGCAUUGAUCAUAUGGUAUUUUUUGGAAGCAUAAAAUUUUAAUUGUGACAGUUUAAAAACCUAUUUUAGUCCAUUGAGAAUGUAAAUAAAUGUUUCUUCUUUAUGGACCAAGGAUAUGAAAUCAUUUUUCCUUUGUAGCUAACAGAUGCCUUGAGGAAGAAAUAAUUUUGUUUUAUUAAGAGUCUACUUUCAAUCCAGUUGUUAAAGAUGUACUGAGUUUGACUUGUUAACUCUUUCCUAUACAGUGCUGAUUCUUGCAUGUCUGCAAUCUGCUGAGUUUCUGUGUUUCUGCAAUAGUGGUCAGAAAAAUACUGAAAUUCCUUUAAUGGCGUUGUUUUCUAUUUGUUCUGUUUUUGAGAUCAGUGAGUGAUUUUGUCAUAAAAUGUCCAUUUUUGAUGUGAUUUUCUUGGAGGAUUUGAGUAGUCCAGUUGAAGCUCUUCAGUCAUAGGAAUAACUGUCAAUUAGCAGGGUGCAUGUCUGUGUGUGAGUGUGUGUGUGUGUGUGUGUGUGUGUGUGUGUGUGUGUGAGUGAUUCUAUUUUAUGAAACAGGGCAUGGUAAAUUUUAUGAAAGGAUUGGAAUGAUAAGUAAAUGAUAUAUUUCUGUGCAAUUAUAUAGUCCAUAAGAAAAUAAAAUUGGCAUAUAGAAUUACUCAUUAACAUUUCCCCAGAGACAUUAUUAGAUAUGUAAACCUUUAUUAUUUUAAAUAAGAGGUUAUUUUAAAUAAACCUCUAUUAUUUUAAAUAAGAAUUAUUUUAAGUAUGAUCAGUCAGACUUAGUUUGGUUUGAUUUCACUUGAGAUAAUGACAGUUAUUAAUCAUAUUUUAUUGCAAGGUUAGCAGCAGCUUUAUCCUCCUUCUGAUUAAUUAAAUAGAAAAUGGAUGUUUUCUUAGGUACUCUCCAUAGUGUGUGUAGACCACAGUGGAUGUUGUAGACUAGAACAAUAGAUUAUAAAUGUUAAUACUGUGGAAUGUGUAUUCUCUGAGUGUUUUUUGUGGUAUUUGUCUUUCUGGGAUAACUUCCUUUUUUUGCAGAAAGACAGAAAAGAUGUCAUAUAUAUAGCAAAUGACUUUUAAAAUACUUAAUGUCAAAAAAGUGGAGUCUUCACAAACCAUGCAGUUAGUUAUUUUUAAAGGUACUUUACCUUUUAGUUUUAUCAUUCCAUUUUGCUAGUGUUCAUCAGCUUUAUAAAUCAUAAGAAGGUACAGAAUCUCUCUCAUUUCUUAAUGAAAAUGUAGACACAUUUUGUACCAGGCUUUGUACAGCUGUGUGCUUAGGUCAGGGUGAGGUGGUGACUGGAGGAGCACAGAGGUGAGGGUUUCCGCAGGCUGGCCUGCCGACAUCACCCUUGGCAUGAGUGAGGGUCGUGGAAUGGCAUCCACGCUGUCUUCUAGCUCUGACCAUCUUGAGUUCAGUCACCCUGUAGCAAUUGGCAUUUAAUGAAAAAAUGGAGCCUGUCAGCAUGAUUUGAAAGGUCAUGAUUCUGGAAGAAUGGGUAGGAAUCUCUAUCUGGGUAAGAUUGGAUUUAACAACUACCGUUGAAAAUCCAAGCUGAGGAAGAUCGAGUGCAAGGUAGAAGACUCAAAGACUUGUUUGGGUGCUUGCAUGGUUUCAUGGCUUGGUCGUGGAGGCUCCUUUAAGUGGGAAUGCCCUUAACCACGAGGCCAGCUGGGGCACUUCUUCCGUUACCUGUCCCUUCCCUUCUCAUCCUUCUUGUUUCUUGUGUUGGCAGACAUGGUUUGUUAGGGGUACAAUCAGGGCUGGACUCCAGGGCAUAGAUGGCUGAUAUGUCUAUUGAUUUAUUUAACUUUCAGUCUUAAGUCCCUUUUAAUAUUUCCUUAAACAUUAAGUGUUUUAAUUAUCCUUUUUCUUUUCAGAUGUACAUUCAAAAUUACAAUAUAGCAGAAUCACUUCCUUUAUAACAUGGUUCAUAAUCUAUAGUUGCAAUUAGAAAAUAUAACAAAUCAUGUUCCUCCACCUCCAAAUAAAUAUGUGUGUGUGUGUGUAUGUGUGUGUGUGUGUGUGUGUGUCUGUCUGUUUAUAGAAGGGGAAGAGAGAGAGAGAGAGAGAAGCAACCAUGUUAAUAAUAUAGAGACUAAGUGUAUCCCAUUCCUCAUUAUCAGCUUUAUAAAGGAGUCUGACUCCAUCCAUAAAAGAAUGUCUCCUAAGACUGGGAAAACACAGAAACAGUUACAAAAAUCAGCAUAAUAUAGUCGUUAUAAGAAUUUUCUCCUUAGAACAGUUUAGAAUUUUUGUAACUUGUAUUUGUCAAAUGCUUAGGUAAAUGACCAGGUUCUUCCUAUCCUUUAGUUACAUUUAUGUAUUUUCAUAUAUGUCAUUUGAGAAUAAGCAUGAGACAGUGAUUACUCUUAUGGCACUUGUAUUGUCACUCAAAUUCCUGGUUAUUUAAAUGUGUCCUCUUCAUAAAUCCAGGAGUUACUCCCCUGCUUGACUGGAUUGGCUGGAUCUCAAUAUCCAUCUAGGUCCUUUUGUAUCUAUUUGGAUGACUGGAGACAGAGAUGUGAGUGCAGUAUUCAACAUGAGGCCUUAGUUGAGUGACUGCCAUCAACAGUAUUUUGGAACAUUGAUUUGAUGCCUAGGAUUGUGUCACAGGGCACGUGAGGCCCAGUCCCUGCCCCCAAACAGCUUGUCAUCUAAUUUCAGCAGCAGAACAACUAUUAAUUAUUGCUUAACUUAAGUUUGAGGGUUGUAGGGACGCUUUGGGAGACAAUGUGGUGUGACAGGCAAGUAGAAGACUAGGGGACAAGAGACCUGGGUUCUUUCUCUGUUCUUGAUCUGUAGCCUUAGACAUCCUGACUUCUUGAGCUUUAGUUUCUUCCUCUGGAUAAUGAGGUGAUUAGGCUAUUGAAUUUUAUAGGGAAAAAUUUUUUAAAAAAGUUCCAAGGUUUCAGGCCAUGCCUGCUGGAUCUUACUCCUCAUGCCAGGGCUGUUGUUUGAAAGCUCACCAUUGAACCUGAUGACCAGGUGACCAGUCAGGUUGGAAAUCACUGAAGUGGAAGACCUCAAAGGUCCCUUAUCUUUUUGUGAUUAUGGGAUCAUAUAAUGCUGUCGUAUUACUUAUUCUACAUAAAUGUGAGUAAUUGAAUAUUAAUCAUAUUUAUCAGUGUUUACAUAUGGGCUUAUAUAAGAAAUGCAUUUUAGUGUGUGUACCUCAACCAACUAUUUCCUAGGGUUUUAGCAAUCUUUGGAACAUAAGUCUUAAAAGCAUAUCUGAUGUUAUUUAUCUGGACAUUUUCCUUUAAUUUUAUUUCUUUAGGGGAAAUUGAGGCUCUGGGAGCCAAAGAAAUAGAAAAACAAAAUUCUCAUGUGAAGUUAAAAGCAAUUACAUCAUUUCUUGCUAUCUGCUACUUUAUGAUGAAAAUUUGAAAAUUACAUGGGAAGAUUUUCCUCUGGGGCAAAGGGUCCUUUUAUUAUAAAGUAGUAUGUCCUUGUUAAAAUAGGAGAGGCAUACGACCACCUUCCCUAAGGGUUGUGAUAUAGACAACGCCACUAAUUCUCAAUCAUUGAAAACCUUUGCAUUCCCUAAAACAAGUGUGUGGGGUCUGGAGGGAAAGAGGAUGUUAAAGUGGAAGCCAGUGUGCAACCAAAGGGGUAAGGAAGGAUGAAGGUGAAGCCCUCAUAGAAGAUGUGCACGGAGAGAGACACAGGAAGGCAGGGUUUCUGUGGCUCUCCAGAUUGUCCCUCUUGUCUAGACUUUCUCUAGACUCCAGAGAGUGAGGCUUCUGCAGGGCACUUGUCUCUCCCUUGUCCUCCCUUAGUUGUCUACUGUGGGAAGAACAGGAGGUAGGAGAGCCUCUUCCGCUUACUCUAAAUCCUGAAUGGUUUCCCUUGAGUCAGAAAACAGUGGUGUGCCAGGUGCGGUGGCGCAUGCCUAUGAUCCCAGCAACUCAGAGGGCUGAGGCUGGAGGGUUGCAAGUUCAAAGCCAGCCUCAGCAAUUUAGCAGUCUCAGCAAUGUAGUGAGACCCUGUUCCAAAAUAAAAAGAACUGGAGAUGCAGCUCAGUGGUAAAGCUCCCCUGGGUAAAUCCCCAGUGCCAAAAGAAAAAAAAAAAAAAGAAAAAAUAGCAAAGAGCUGGCAGAGAAAUAAGAGUCAUCCUUCCCAAUCAUGGUAAAUGCAG